CUGGUGCCGGUGCUAGCGCUAGCGCCAUGUCGAACGGGGCGGAUAUCCUGCGAAUGCUGAAGAAGCAGCAGAUAGAGAGCGCGUUGGCUAGGGCGGGGGCGGCGGCGGCGAGCAAGGGGCCUAAGGAGCACAAGUUUUGGGACACACAGCCGAUGAAGAAGCCGGGGGAGGAGCCGGAAGAGCCAGGGGAGAUCGAGACCAAAACCAUCGACGACGUCAAGCCCGAGCCGUACAAUAUGCCUCCUGGGUUCGAGUGGUGCCAUGUUGACGUCAUGGAUGCCGCCGAAGCGGAGGAGGUUUACACCCUCCUGUCGGAGAACUACGUGGAGGAUGACGACAACAUGUUCCGGUUCGACUACUCGAAGGAGUUCCUACGAUGGGCGUUAACGCCCCCUGGGUACUCGGCGGAGCUGCACGUGGGGGUGCGGAGCUCGAAGGGGAAACUGAUGGGUCUCAUCACGGCCGUGCCCACACAGAUGCGGGUGAUGGGCUCUUCGAUCAAGACGGUGGAGAUUAACUUCCUGUGCGUGCACAAGAAGCUCAGGGCCAAGAGGCUGGCGCCGGUGCUCAUCAAGGAGAUCACUCGCCGGGUCAACAGGAUGGGCGUGUGGCAGGCGGUGUAUACGGCGGGGGUUGUUCUUCCGACCCCACUGGCGUGUUGCCGGUAUUACCACCGCUCCCUCAACCCAAAGAAACUCAUCGAGGUGGGCUUCAGCCGUUUGGCGAACCGCAUGACCAUGGCGAGAACAAUGAAGCUGUACAAGCUACCAGACAACACCAACAGCGCCAACGUAUCUGCGAUGCAGCCGGAGGAUGUGCCGUCCGCCCACGCCCUCCUUAGCAAGUACCUGGAGCAGUUCAAGCUGGCACCUCAGCUCAGCGAGGAGGAAUUCGCGCACUGGCUGCUGCCGAGGGAAGGGGUGGUGGACUGCUUCGUGGUGAAGGACAGAAACGGGAAGGUGACGGAUAUGUGCAGCUUCUACCACCUGCCGUCUACGGUGAUUGGGCACGCGAAGCAUCGUACGCUUAACGCGGCGUACUCCUUCUACAACGUCGCCACCACGGUAACGAUGACGGAGCUGAUGCGAGACAGCUUGGUGCUGGCGCGUAACCUUGGCAUGGACGUGUUCAACGCCCUCAACCUGAUGCAGAACCAGGAGUUCUUGCAGACGCUCAAGUUCGGGAUCGGGGAUGGACACCUGCAGUACUACCUGUUCAACUGGCGCUGUAAGGAGAUUACCCCCCAAGAAGUCGGACUGGUAUUGCUAUAG